AUGUCAAGCCCACCGAAACGCCCGCGCACAACCGAAUACUCCGACCUCGACGAGACUCCAACACGCCCCCGACCUCAGUCCGUACGACAUGAUAGUGAUGGAGUCGUCUUCGAUGAUCCGGCUACACAAGGUGUGACUGCAAAACGUUCAACGUCCUCUUUCACUGCGGUUCUUUUCAUCCCCUUCGAAGCGAUUCCAAAAGACGGCCAGCCUGUUGAACCUGGUGCGGCCCAGGAGAUCCUGCCUGCGGCUCUUCGAGGUCAUUCGGAUUUUCGAGAUACGAGGCUUCGCGGGUUUAUGUGGAAAACUACACAAGCUGGUGUGGAAGACGAGGCAACGCUCCUUGAAAAUCAUGCACACCUCCGAGACAUUGUUGAUGAUUCUAUUGCCUCAUCUAACCUCCAUCGAUCCGAAGGCGCUUGGAACUGUCUCGUGCAUACACCGGUACUACGGCGUGCAAUUUCUCGCUUUGCUUCUCUUGAAGUCGAGCCCAUUUCCUCAGCUCAGAUCUUGCCCGCGUUUCGUCCUUUGUCAAAGGGGAGUGAUCAGACCACAUCCCGGCCGCCCAACGCUAGUGUAUCAGGAGCGUCUGGGCAGGGUUUGGGAACGCCAAACACUCGGCUGAGUGCGACUGCAUUGUCAGUCCAUAAGAUGGUCGACUUUGCCGUGGUCCUUCGUCCCAAAGAGGAGCUUCAAAAUCUCAUCAACACUUUCUUGGACAACCAGCCGUAUACGACGCCUACGGUCAACCAAACUAUAUAUGAGCAUCUCCGCACCCGACCGGCUCCUAUCUUCAUCGAGACCAAGACGUCAUCUGGCAACAUGGACACUGCUAAUGUUCAGCUUGGAAUUUGGGUCGCUGCGUGGCACCAGCUUGCCAGUGUAUGGAACCUCAUGUUUGUUCUGGAUGCAGGCACGGAAAUUCGCAUGUUAGAUGGCAACUUUCGGAUAGGUGAUACCGACAGCAUUUUGGGCAUUUACCAGCUACAAGCUGCCAUCUUUGCACUUGCAGACUGGACCAAUGAUACCUUUGAGCCCUGGUUCACUGAUCUUCUGGCCCGCGCAACUGUGUCACGGCUCGAGCAGCGGUGA